CCAACAUGAUCACUGAGUAGAUUUCAAUAGAACUAUCAGCCCCUAGUUAUAAAAGAAAGAUAGAGGAUCACAAUAAUUUGAACCUAAAUCCCAUGGUGUCAAUCCCUACUCCCAACAAUUCUCCAACCACCUAAAUUACAUCAUUUACUAACAAUAUGACGUCUCUAUAACCAUGAUGUACCUUGGACUCAAAAAGCUUCAGUUUCUAGGCUUUUCCUGCAAAUUUCCUUACCCCAAUUGGGGAGAGCAGACGAAGCGUGUCUUUCGUAAUGGAAAGAAAGAGACCUUUUAGUUGAAAUAAGGUGAUUCUCUAUAAGAAAAGAAAGAAAGUUACCGGAAGAGUCAGUGGUUGAGAAUUGCUGCUUUUGAUGAGCCUCAGAGGAGCUGCAGCAAAGAGCAAGAGCGACAAGAAGAAUAAGAAUGGGAGAGAUAAAAGAAGGGAAAGUGAGUGGAUUGAUACCAAGGAAUGAGGGUUUUGCAGUUCAUUAUCCAGGUUAUCCUUCUUCAACAUCUCGAGCUAUCCAAACUCUUGGGGGAACUGAAUCAAUUCUCAAGGCUUGUAGUUCACAAUCUAAUACAUUGGAACUGUAUUUUCGCCCUGAGGAUCCAUACUCACAUCCUGUGUCAGGAGAGCUUCGUUCUUGUCACAGUAUGUUAUUGAAAAUUACUAAAAAGAAGAAGUCAAGUCCCAUUAAUGAUGCAAAGCAAGAAACAGAUGAGUUUCAUGCUGAUAUUGUUGCUAGAAUACCAGAGGCAUAUUACUUUGAGGGAAUGGCAGAUUACCAGCAUGUUGUUCCAGUUCAUGCUGAUGUUGGCAGGAAGAGAAAGAAGAAUUGUAAAAAACCUGGUCUAAUGGAUUUGGGUCCGGAUGAUGUGAUGAUGCUACCGCCUCCACUUUUUUCACUCAAAGACGUGCCAGAAAAUAUUGUGUUAAGACCACCAUCAACAUCAAGUUCAAGAAAGAAACAAGAUGAACUUCCAGAAACUCAUCCCAAGCCCUUAGCUUUCAUACAGAUUCCUAAGGAAAUAAAUUGGAAGGAAUUCAUAACAGAAGGCACACCAAUGUGGGAGUGGCAGAUGGUUGUAUCUAAGCUGUUUGAGGUGCGGCCUAUAUGGCCCAAAUAUUCACUGAUUGAACGCUUGCUUGAUAAGAAUCUUAAAUUUACCUACCAGACACUUAAAAGGCUUCUGCUCACAGUCGGGUACUACUUUUCAGGUGGACCAUUUUAGAAGUUCUGGAUCAGAAAGGGAUAUGAUCCUCACAAAGAUCCCGAUUCUCGCAACAAAUAUCAAAGCAUUGGUUUUCGAGUACCACCUGGAUUAAAAAGUUACUGUGAUGCUAACACUGCCAAAGGCUUGAAGCAUAGAUGGGAGGAUUUAUGCAAAUUUCGAUUUUUUCCUUACAGAAACCAAUAUUCUUUCCAGGUGUAUGAACUUGAUGAUGAUUACAUUCAACAAGAGAUACAAAAGCCUUCGAAGCAGACAAGUUGCAUUUAUGAAACAGGAUGGUUAUCACCGCAUGUGCAUUAUAGUUUAAGCUGUGUAAAGGUGAGGUUCCUAUCACUAUACCCAGAAACUGGUGCAGAAAAAUUUCUCAAAGCUGCUUCUGAGAAAUUUAUGAAGUCAAAGAGAUCAUGCAUUUACAAAGAUGCACCAAAACCUGUUCAGGAGGAGCAUCAGCAAACUAAUGAAGAGGCUGUAGACAAUGAAGCUAGUGAAAAUCAAGUUGAUGUUGAUGAUGUUGAGGCGGACGAACUCGAAUCUGAUGAUGGUGAAGAGGAAUUGGAUACAUAUGGAAUGGAUUUGGCUGGUGAGGCUGGCAAUAUUUCGUUGAAUUUUUAUUCCUAUAUGGAGAACACCUCGACAAGCUAUUUGCAACAACUCUUAAAUAGUUUCCCAUCGAUGGACGCCAGUGUUGACAAAAAGCAAGAUGGUGAAAGCAGUGAUGGGGAAUAUCAGAUAUACGAGCAGGAUAAUGAUGAAAAUGAUCUUGAUAACGACGACGACUGACUGACCUAAUCCACAAAGCUCUGUGUAUAUAUGUAGAGUAAUCUUGCUUCAAGAGAGGCUUGACCAUGUUAGUCUUCUGAAGCCAAACAGUUCUUGUAUUGCAGCUCUGUUAUGCAAAGCCUUGAAUUGAAGUGGUCGUGACCUACUGAAACUCACCUGUAACUAUACUACAUCUGGAUCUUAUGAGAAACAAUAGUUAAGUUGCUCACCUACAAACGGCAAUUUCUUCUGUAUUUGUAAGUUGGCAUCAAAUUUUUAUAGUUCAUUGAUCCAAUUAUUGGUCAUAGAAAACUUAAAUGGAGUUGAAAAGUUGUCUCAAGGAUUUGAAUUUCUAAUGUAAGAGGACAUCUUUCAUGUCGAAAAUUCUAGACAAUUGACAUUUGCUCACUUGGUAUAUAUGAAUCUAGGAUGACAGCAGUGGAGAAUUUUGCA